UUCUUCUUUUCUUCCAAACGUAUUAUGACCAGCUUGGGAAGAGAGCUCCAGAGGUCUCAGAGAAGCUUCCAGGAUGGCUAGAUGGGAUGGUCUCGGCCAUGGAUCAGGGGCUGUUUCCUAAGCUGCAGUUCCCCUAGGCCAGGAAGGGGCCACGGGGACAUCUGGCUGGCCCUUGGGCUCAGAAUAAGUACCCAGAGUGGGCCAGAAGGGCUGAAGAGGGCUGCCCAUGCCGACCGUUUGCGAAGUGGGGAAGCAGUACCCAGAGCCGCCGUACCCGGACAGACCUCUUCCAAUGUCCCAGCAUGAGACUUCUCCGGCUGCACUGCGGAGGGCCAGCAACCACCGACGGGGCAACCCCUGCUGCUUGUGCUGGUGCUGCUGUUGCAGCUGCUCCUGGAAUGAAGACCGGGAAAGAGCUUGGAGAGUAUCUCGUGAAACGAAAUUAGAGACCAUUCCAAACUGUGAAUCCUGCACCAAACCCACCACCGAAGAAGUCAAGGGCUGGUCUCAGUCAUUUGACAAGUUGAUGAAAAACCCAGCUGGCAGGAACGUGUUUCGGGAAUUCUUACGGACUGAAUACAGCGAGGAAAAUAUGCUCUUUUGGUUAGCUUGCGAGGAACUCAAAAGCGAAUGCAACAAGCAUGCCAUCGACGAGAAAGCGCGGGUGAUCUAUGAAGAUUAUAUCUCCAUCCUUUCUCCCAAGGAGGUCAGCUUGGACUCCCGUGUCCGUGAAGGCAUCAACCGCAAGAUGCAGGAGCCCUCCUCGCACACCUUCGACGAUGCGCAGCUACAGAUUUACACGCUUAUGCACAGAGACUCCUACCCCCGUUUUCUGAACUCAGCCAUAUACAAAGCUCUGCUCCAGAAUGUCUCUCGGUCAUCUUCGGAGUCUUAAGCCCUUCUGUACCAUUGAUAGAGACACCAAGUGAAGGAUUUCCUUUCCUACAGCAGGUGUUAUUAGAUUCCUCCCCCCUCUUCUUCUUUUAAAUAUAUAUAUAUAUUUAAAUAUAUAUAUAUGUAUCUCCCAAAUGAGCUUACGGAACAAAAUAGACUGAAGACAUAACCCAGCUCGGUUCUGACCACAGUCUUUGGAAAGGUCACUCCACAACUUCCUGCCGGUUUUUUCUUCCUUCAGAAAAUGGGCCCAUGCCAGCCGCCAUCAAGAACUCCAAACUCAGGCUUCUACUUCCAUUACAGAAUCUGGGUCGGCCCCCCAGCUUAAGAGACGGAGAAUGCUGAACGGAGCAAGCGACCAACGACGGAUUGGGAGGCUGUUCUCUGGGGCCACGUGGCAGAAGAAACGAGGCCGAAGCCCCCCACCUCUCCUGAACGUUUUGAUCUCUCGGAACUGUGUUUGUUUUUCUAAAUUCCUUCCAUGUUUAUUAAGAAUGAUUUCCAUGGUGUUCUUGUAGACACAACGAUCUCAGAUGGUUCGCGUGGGAAAGGGUGGCUAGGCCGAUGUCAAUGGAAUUGAGAGACGUUCCGAUGUUAUAAAAGUACGUUCAGGUU